AGGUAUGGCACGACGUUUUGCUUGUGCGUGUCUUUAAAAUUGAAUAUCUCAUCUAUUUUCUUAGAAAAUAACGAUGAUUAAUAUAUCGGCUAACUACAGUGGCAGUUAUUGUGGUUUACCAUUGGAAUAAAUUGGUAUAAAAUGUCUGCAAAAGACAAGUGGGUACGCCGGUUCUCGGUGGACGAAACCUCCAAACACAAGAAUGGAUUCACUAUUUACAAGAUUACUUCAGUUCUGUUCCCUAUAGAGUCACCCGAAGCUGUGAGCGUGGUGUCGGUAUGGAAGCGCUACAGCGACGUGCAGCAGCUGCAUAAAAGCAUGCGAUCGCUGCACGCCGGCCUUCGCCUCCAAGGGACGUUUCCGCCACUGCAGAGGCAUAGCUACUUCAAGCGCUUUCAGCAAGAGGUGAUAGAGGAACGCGCGAAGACCACCAAAACUCUGUUGGAGUUCGUCGCUGAACACAAGCUACUGUUCACCAGUACGGACUUUGUUAAUUUUCUGCAGACAGGCUACCCCGAGCCGGAGCCCCAAGCUGGAAGCGUCAUCAACGCGAUCAGGUCCUCACUCCACCUGCCUAUCGAGGAGACGCCUCCUUUGGAGUACCAGACCGAUGAUGACGAUGCCAGGAGCCCUGCACAUAGUGCGAGGCCACAGCAAGCGCCACAGACCACAGACCAGCUAUCCAUAGACGAAACAGACUUCAUAUCCCAAAUACCGAUAUACGAAGCAGCCGACGUCGAAAUCCGUCAGUCCCCAGACCAAAAACUAUCCGCUGCCGAUAGUUUCGAGUCUAUAAACUCUUUGGACAGCAUAAACAGCGACCUCUACGACGAACUAAGCAAAGUCACCAUAGACAAACCGAGGCCGUGCGUCAGAAAGAAUGUCUUGCCAGAUUUGAUCCUCUUCGAUGCACCAUCGACUUCUACGUUUGAAGAUUACCACACUAUGCCCAGAAGUGGCAACACAGAUUCGGAGACUACGUCACUAGCGUCGAACGUCUAUGGUUCGAUGACGUCAGUGAAUGAGAUUGAAAGACGAAGCAGCUCGAAGUUGUCUUUGUACAGCAAACGGAGUGUGUUGUCUCUUUCUAACGUGGAGUGUAAGACGAAGACGGAAGAUAGUUACGUGUUUGAGGCGGGGUAUAUGCUGAAUUUGGCGGCGAGGUGUGAGAAUAUGGGAGACUUUCAAAGGGCAUUCGAGUGUUACAAGUCUGGUAUAGAGAAGAUGCUGAUUGGUGUUCAAAGUGACUCGGACCCUCAAAGAAGAGCCCUCAUCAAGGAGAAGACGAAUAAGUACCUCUCCUACGCCGAGGCUAUCUACAAGAACCACCUCUGUGAUAACGAGCAAAGCCUGCUGCCAGAGCGAGACACAACGCUGAAGCCUCUGCACUGCCCCCUACCGGCCGCUAUGCUCAAGCGGCCGUACGAAGACCUAGCGCUAUACAGGGUGUUGGCUGUGCUAAGUUCAAGUAUUAUGCUAGUUCUGCAUAGGGAGGAGCAGACAUGUUAUGCUAUGAAGGUCAUCCAAAAAAUCCCGCACAACCUAACGGAAUUCGACGAAUACUUCCUCCAACGCACCAAAGAAACCCGCGAACCGGUUUUACCAACCGUUAUACCAUACAUGGUGCCCCUCCACGCGUUCAUAGAAACAAACAACCUAAUAUUUCUAAUACUAUCCUACGCCCCAGGCGAAAAACUAUUCGAUUACAUCAAAAACUACGCGAAAUCCAUCCCUAACACCCCAGCAAGAGACGUCAAUUUAGAAAACGUGUUCUCCGAACCGAAAAUCAAAACAAUUGAUGUCGAAAACGAUAAUAUUGAAGACAAAGUUGAAGUAACAGAUGUCAAUGUAGAAAUAAAUGAAGAAAUAGUUAAUAAUAAUGAAGUAGAAACAACCGUUUUGGACAAUUCAGACCUUAGUGUGAACGAAAUAGUGUCGAAUUCGCAGAAAUUGUUGAAGAAUGUUGACAAAGUGUUGAGUGAGAUGAAAGGUAAAGACGAUACCAAAGUGGGUGAUAAAGUGAACAUUGAUAAUUCUGAGAGGAGAGACGUUGUUACACCAAAUCUGAAUCGACUUACUCCAAGGCCGAGAGACGUUCUACCUCCAUCAGCCGUUUGCAAGUGGGGAGCUGAAAUACUGACUGCUAUAGAGAGCUUACACAACUGUGGAGUGAUUUGCAGGGACCUAAACCCUUCAAACGUGCUCCUCGGUUCUCACGGGCAAGUCAUCCUGACCUACUUCAUAUCCUACCCCGGCUUGGACAUGGCGCUAUCCAAAACGCGGCCGAAACCGGGCGACGUCAACAUGUAUGUGGCACCAGAGUUGUAUUACAACACGAUUGUGGAUGAACGCGAUGUGUCGAUCGAUAAGUUGUGUGACUAUUGGAGUUUUGGAGCCGUUAUGUAUGAACUGCUGUGUGGGGUGCCUUUAUCAUACUACCACAGGAGUAUCUUCACGAGUCACACCAUACUACAACUGCCCGACGGAUUGUCGGUGGAGGUAGAAUCGCUGCUUACACAGUUAUUAACCUACGACCCCUCAGAGCGUCUAGGCGCCGGCAAAGACGGUAUAGACGAGAUCAAACGGCACCCUUACUUCAAGGGCAUCGACUGGCGGCACGUCUACGACACCUGGCUGGUCCCGGAUUGAUGCGGUUCACCGAAAGAUCACGCGCAAUCGGCAACAGAGUUGCACUUAGUCUGGUAAGGCCCAAAAUGUAGUAUUUAGUUAGGAAGUACUCAAUUGAGUAACCAAAAACCAAUAGUUGCAAGACUCAAUUCAUAAAUAACUUGAAAAAAAUCGAACUGCCUAAGACGGGAAUCGAACCCACGACCUUUCGCUUGCCGGGUGACUGUUCUUCCAACAAUUCUAGAAAAUCAAUUUAUUCUAUCCCUGAAAUUUUUAACAAAUUGUCAGUCAAUUUAGUUAGAAUAGGCUCCGCGAUAAGCCCAUACAUUUGUCGUCUAAAACAUCGAUAAGAUAUCACGGCGGUUAUCCCGAUUGAUGACGUCAUAGUCCCUAUUGCCAUACAAUUCUAUGGGAGUCACGUUUUGAAACCUCUCAAAAAGUAUUUCAGUUGACUAUUAAUGUGUCUACUAUAGUCUGAUCGCCGAGCACGUAGAAUUUCGUCUAAUGACCCCAAGCUACCCAUCCUUAUCGCUCGCGCGUAAUUAUAUUGCUGUCGCGACUGUGCGACGCGCGCCCGCAGUGAGUGUGCGAGCGCGACAGCAACAUAAUUACGCGCGAGCGAUAAAGAUGGGUAGCUUGGGGUCAUUGGACAAAAUUCUACGUUCUCGGAGACCGGGCUUUACACUAUUUCCUAUCAAAUUAAGUAGUCGUGGCUUGAUUUACGAAGCAUAUAAUCAGCACAUAUUCGGAAACAAAGAUGUAUUCAUAAAUGUUAUUAUAUUAUGUCACUGAGAAAUGGGCCUUACAAGUAUAGGCUUUAAAAAAAUAGACUGUUUGAAUGUUAUACGGUAGUUGACUAGUCCUGAUUAUAUGCAGUUGGUAAUAAUUAUAGUAUUCUGUCUCUAAACAAAGUAAAUAUCUAAAAUAAACGUUUAUUUGAUCGAUUGACAGAUCGACUUUUAUGACUACGUGACAGUUUACGUGACAUUGGCGAAAUCAUGGUUCUCAAAACCAAGCCGUUGCCAUAAUAAAAUAAGAAGAAGACUACGUAACAUAUCGACUUUGAAGUGGUGACAAUACCUCCUAUAGAUGACCCACGCUGAACUGUCCCACCAAACUCAAUGACAGGGGGGCGCUACUAUCGUUCAACUAUAUGGUUUCCAACAUGGCAAAAAUCGGAACCAGCGAUCCGGUAUUGACGGUGGCGCCCCACUGUCAAUGUCAUGCAUAGGACAGUUCAGUAUUUUGGAACUAUAACUGCAUUUAUUCCCUGUCGUGGCUAAACUCAAUCCGCGAGAGCCAUAAAGAAGAAGAAAAAACUGCAUUUAUUUUUUUGGUUUACAGAAGGUAGCGCAUAUAGCAGCUAUUUCUAGAGUUUUAUUGCUAUCUAAAUAUCAGUUAGGAGAAAAAUUUCGAAAGGAAAAGUCCACGCGAAUUUUGAAGCCAAUUGUAUUAAGAAAAUCGAUUUCUUAAAAAAUGUUACUUAUGAGGUAUUGUCACUUCAACAUCGAUAUCGAAAGCUAAUGUCAUUUUGACAUGGCGAUUCGAACAUCGAUUACUUUGUCUAGAGAACAGAACCGAUUUUGCACCAUUUCAUACUGUUCGUAAAUAAAUAUUCUAAAUGAAACGUAUAGGCUAAAAGUUUUGUAAGAGUAGACUUUUGAUAAAUUUAGACAUUGGAAAUAAUUAGUCUAGCCUAGCAACAUACAUCAGCCUAUUGAUUAAAAGUUCAUAAUUAUUGCCCUACAUCCUAUAUUAUUGUUCUGAACUAGUAGUAAAGCUAGCUUUUAACAAAAUAAUUUAAAUGAGUAUUGAAGAAAGCCAGCGUAUUAAGCCAGCAAUUAAAUGUUGUUGUCUCUUUUUCUUCUUAUUGAUUGAAACGAGAAAGAAUUUAAUAAAAACGCAUAAAAAAGUGAUAACACAUCCACAUGUAACCCUUAUCAGUAUUUCUGGAGAAUUUAAUUAAAAAAACAUAUUUUCCAAAAUUUAUAUUUAUUAUGUUACUAAAAUUAGGUUAUCUCUAUUAUAGGAUCAUAUUUUGGAACAUUUAUAAAUAUUGGUAUUAAUAUUUAUAAGAAUUGAGGAGUGAAUAUAGAUUUCUUCUUCCAUUCUUUGUAUGAUAAUUUCAUUCACUCAUUCAGUUCAGGUUUAAUCGUAAUUUAAUUUAAAAAUAUGCUAUUUAUUACUCUAUUCCAUUCGUUUAUAAUGUUUGCUAUUUUUAACUGAAUAAGAAUUUUUUAGCUCGCGUAAAAUAAUCAAGUGAAUGAAUGAUGGAGCGAAAGUUUGACAGCAAUGUCAAAUUGACAAGUGAUUUGAGUUAUUUAAUCUAAUUCGUUCCUUAUUUUGCUUAUCGUUUAUUUAAACUAAUUUCGUGUAAAUCUAGUCCUAUUAAUUUUGGAAAUAAAGAUCCUAAAAUGCGACUUAAAAGUAUUAAAAAUACAAAAAAUAUCAUAGUUAUUCUUAUUUUUAGUACAAAAUAUAUUUUACUCUUAUAACUUAUAUUGUAUUUGCGUGUAUUAUCGUAGUAUUUAAGUUAUAAUUUUAUAAUGCAUUUUAUAGAAUGAUCUCACUUGGAAUUGUUAUUCAAAAUUAAUUCAAUAUUAUGUUGUAAAAAUGUUGCAAAAAUUUCAAUUUAUACUUUCUUUCAUAAUAACGACAAUGUAUUAGUUGUAAAUUAAGUAAGUAAAGUUAAAUCAUCUGGAAAUAAAUUUAUUAUUAUAAAAUUUUAAUUAAUUACAAAGUAUUGCACGAGUUACUUGGUGUGACUUAAUUUGGCACAUUUAACGGUUCAGUAAUGUUACCUACUUUCAUUAAAUAUUACAAUUAAUUUUCAUACAUAGUUGCAAAAGUCAGAAACAAUGUGUAAUUGUACUUAAUUAAAUACCUUUUAACGGCUCCUGGUUAUUUUUCAGAUAGUUAUUUGAGACCUUUAAAACAAAAUCUUGUUUUAUCUGACAGAUAAGUUCCUAAUAGACUAUCACUUGGACUUUACCAGCAAGUGGUAAGCGGCCGUAACUGUUAAAAAGAAUUAAGUUAGAUCAAAGAAAUAAUAAUGAAAUCAAAUUAACGCUCAUUAUAAAAAUAAAUUUGUCUGAAAAAUUGCGCUAUUUCAAUGAGGGUUUUCGCGAAUGAAAAAUCGCGAGGACGCGAGGUCCAAAUGCUGCAUGAUAGGUUAUUUUUGACAUGACAUUGACAGAUAUGUCAAAAUCACGCAGCAGUCAGACCCCACAUCCACGUCCUGCCAUCUUUCAUUCGCGAAAACCCUCAUUGCAAUUACAUGUUGUUUAUACAAGUUAAUACUUCUGACCUGAAUUAUAUAAUUUAUAGAAUACACAAUGAUGUUAAGUAUUAUGGUAUGUGCAUAAAUUGUUUUCUCUAAAAUUAUGUAGUAGUAUUUAGCUUCUUGUAGUCACUCUAGAUUUAAACCGAUCUGUAUCUCUAUUAUUAUUAUUAUUAGUUAGUGCUGUAAUGUACAAAACCGGGUAAACAGACCAUAAAUAAAAUAUGUAUUUUUAUAA